AUAUACCCUUCCACACAAUUCAUUGACCGCCCAAGGAGCUGUUUGGGGAAACCUAAUACCUGUGCUGAUUUUCUAGGGCUCGUCUCGCUGUGUAUCCUCCGGCGGAUCGCAAAUUCGAUUCAUCGGAUCCGAUCAACUGCGGUUUCUGAUAAAUUUGAUCGGAGAGAUGCCUCAGAGACACUCGAAGAACAACAAUGACCUCGCCUUCUUCACAUACGAUGAGAAGCGAAAGCUCGGGUACGGGACUCAGAAGGAGAGACUCGGCAAGGACUCGAUCAAGCCCUUCGACGCUUGUUGCCUCUGCUUGAAGCCCUUCAUAGAUCCCAUGUGUUGCCAGAAGGGCCAUGUCUUCUGCAAAGAGUGCAUUCUUGAGUGCUUGCUGUCUCAGAAGAAAGACAUUAAAAGGAAGCUAGCUGCACAUGCUGCUCAUGAGAAGCAAGAAAAAGAAGAGGAAGAAGAAAGGUUAAUGCUUCAGAAAGCCAGAGAGCUCGAUGCAUUUGAUCAGCAAAACCACGGUGCAGUGCCACAGUACAGUGAUAGGAACUAUAACAAGGAUAAGAAUGGCUUCCACGGUGCAAACAGCGUGAAGGCCACCUCUUAUGAGGAGGAAGCACUCCGAACCAUGAAAGCAUUUUGGCUGCCUUCUGCCACACCAGAAGCUCGGGCCAAGGUAGAGGCCCCAUUCACCAAUACAAUCUGUCCGGAAGGCAAGGAAAAGCUUAAGCUGAAAACUUUGUUCCCGAUCUACCUAACCGAAGACAUUCAUGACAACAAGAAAUCAAACGAUCUUGAAAAGACCUACAUCUGCCCCAGCUGCAAGGUCACCCUUACUAACACGUUAUCGCUUGUUGCCCUAAGUUCGUGCGGGCAUGUCUUCUGCAAGAAGUGCGGGGACAAGUUCCUGGCCGUGGACAAGGUUUGUCUGGUCUGCAACAGGGGAUGUAAAGAAAGGAAUUUGGUUCCCUUGGAGAAAGGAGGGACAGGGUUUUCUGGGCAUGGGGAUCAUCUGAUGGCAACAGAUUUCAAACAUUUGGGUAGUGGCUCUGGUUUGGGGUUGGUUAGGCCUGCAAUGAAGACAUGAAACAAGAAGAUGUCCCAUGUUGUGUUCAUUAUGGUACAACGACUUGCUCUGUCAAGCUCCCCUUCGUGCUCUCUCUUAGCUUUUCAUGGGCAUGUUAAUUUCGGAGGUUGAAGUGUAAUGUAAUGUAAUGCAUACUGUUUAUCUGGUGAAUAGAGAGUGGCAGCCACUCCCACCUAGAGCUCAAUUUGUCUGUUUUUUCACCUA